UGCUCUUGACAUUUCUCACAGAGUUGCAUAGGUUUGUGGGUCAGUAGCAUUGAUAUUCUGAAACAGCAUUUAGCAUGAGGUCACUAAUACCAGUGCAUGGAUCUUCAAUCAGAUAACUGUAUUUGAACUGAAAAAAAAUGAUGUUAAUAAUACUAAUGUUACUAAUAAUGUUUUUAUCACAAAUCACAAAAGAGACCAAUACCACUGAUGCUGAGAAGUAGCAAGCAUUUUUCUCCUUCCCCUUGGAUGUUCUUGGAACUUAUUCUGCCGUGAUUCUACUAAGCAUUUCAUGAGGAAGUGGUAGCAUUGUGAUGGGCUGGCCAACAGUAAGUAGAGUUUAAGUGCCAGCUUUGAGAAUACACAGACACUUUGAGGAAUACGGCAGUCGAGUCACAUGCCAAUCAUCUCAAACACUGCACUGCGGCAUCUACAGAAACUUAAGAAGCAGAGAGAGAGAGAGAGAGAGAGAGAGAGAGAGAGAGAGAGAGAUGGCCAUUCCUACACUGCUCCAGAAGACUGUAGUCCUGCUGCUCUCUCUGGCUGUUGCCACCUCUGCAGUUCAUCUGACAGGUAACCUGGCUUUGGAUGCCCCGUCCUUCCAGUCAUCUACCUAUGGUGGCUUGGCGGAGCAUGCUGUUGAUGGGAGGCCAGACACCUUAUACGAAUCAGGAUCCUGCACCCACACCAAGACACAGACCAAUCCCUGGUGGCGUGUCGACUUGUCCCGCCCCUACAACAUCACCACAGUAACCAUUACUAACCGCGGAGAUUGCUGCGAACAGCGCAUCAAUGGUGCCCAAAUCCACAUCGGCAACAGCCUGGAGAACGAUGGCAACAACAACACGCUAGCUAGUCUGGUCGAGUCCAUUGGAAGAGGGCAGUCUAAGUCAUUCAGGUUCGACCCUCUGGAAGGCCGAUAUGUCAACAUCUUCCUGCCGGGCGAACACAAAACACUGACAUUGUGUGAGGUGAACGUGUUCGCUGGUGAUGAAGAGAACCUUGCUUUGCUGCGCCAGGUCACCCAGUCAUCUACAUUCGAGGCUCAGGGCCUCUCUAAGUUUGCUGUGGAUGGAGACAGAAAUCCCAACUACCACGGCAAAGGAUGUGCUCACAGUGCCAAAGAGGACAACCCUUGGUGGAGAGUGGAUCUCCUGAAGAGCUAUGAGAUCACCAGGGUGACCAUCACCAACCGUGGUGACUGCUGUUCAGACCGUAUCCGAGGAGCUGAAAUCCAUAUCGGUGACAGCCUGGAUAACCAUGGCAACAGCAACACACUGGCUGCAGUAGUUCAGUCCAUUACACCAGGAGCAACAAAAUCAUUUGACUUCAAGCCCACUAGAGGGCGCUAUGUGAAUGUGUUCUUACCUGGACAAGGGACGUAUCUCAUGCUCUGCGAAGUGGAAGUGUAUGCCAUAGUCAUAGUGGAUAGGAAUGUUGCCCCAAGAGGAAGAGCGACGCAGUCCAGUCUGAUUCUGGGUGAGAUGUCCAGUUUUGGUCAUGCUCUGAACGCCAUAGACGGUAACCCAAACCCAGACCUGCGAAAGGGAUCCUGCUCGAUGACAGAUCGUGAGACUGACCCCUGGUGGCGGGUGGACCUGCACGAGAGAUACAGGGUCUCUUCUGUGACCCUGACCAACCCAAAGACCGGCUCACCUAAAGGCCUGAAUGGUGUCCACAUUCGCAUCGGAGAUUCAACCAACGCCAAAGAAAAUCCUCUGUGUGCCAAAGUGACGUUCGUGCCUCUUGGCGAGACGGUGCGUUUCGACUGCACAGAAGCUAAGGAGGGUCAGUUUGUGACUGUGGUCCAACUGGGACAGGAGCGAUCCCUCAGUCUGUGUGAGGUGGAGGUGUUUGGGACUCCAGUCAUCACUUAUCAGAGUAAUAGAGACACAUAAAUAUCACUUGUGAGACUUUUUUGAUUACCUUGAAGAAAAGGUGCUUAAAUGAUUUAAGAGUAUUAUGCUAAUCAUAACAUUUUUCUUAACUGGAAAUUUAAGUCAAAACAUCUUCCUGCCGAUUCUACGUAGCAUUAACAACACCAAGGUUCAAUUUCCUCAUCCAGAAACAAAAAUGCUCCUCCAGUGUGUGUAUGUGGUUUGGUGCUAGCAUUAUUUGAUUUACUUGUGGAGAUGCUACCGAUAAGGCUAACUAUAUACUAACUAACCCUAAUCUCUGUGGAACAGGAUAAAUUGGACUCUGACGACUGGUUGUAUAAUCAAUAAGAAUAAAGAUCAACUUCAUGAAAA